AUGGACACAUUAAAUGACUUUUCGAAGGUUUCUGGUGAUGGCGCUUACUGUAUAUAUAACGCAGACCCGGAUAUUGCCGCUGCUUGCUUUCAAUCGGCUGGGGACUUUAUGUAUGUUCAGGGAGAGCAUAGUCCCUCAAAGCAAUUGGACAAUAAAGAAAUUAAAAAUCUUUUCAAUAAAUCUGCUGCUCUACUUUCUCAGUUUAACCCGGUUCCUGCUUUGGAUCUUCUGGACAAACUUUCCGUCUUGCUCGAAAACAAGAACGGCAAACGAACCUAUGGUUUUGAGAUUGAAAAUCUAUAUAUUCAGUACGCUACAGCAUAUGAACAAAUGGAGCAGAAGGCUGAUGCUGCCACAUAUUUAAAAAAGGCAAUUGAUAUAAUUGAGCCUAAACUUUCUCCGAACUCUUCUCUCGAUGAGGCUUAUCGUAUCGCUCUGACCGAACUACUGGCAGACAUCCGAAAAAGAUAUGCAAUAAAUCAGGAAACGACCGAUGUUAAGCCUCUUACCUCCGCUGUGUCAUGGCUUAAAGCAGCCAAAGCAUACAAAGCAUGCAAUUCGGCCUGUGAUGCUGCAUAUGCCGCUCUCAGGGCUAUACGCUGGUUUAUUACCGCAAGAGACACAAAAUCAGCAACUUCGACUCUCUCUUGGGCGCUUUCUCUAACCAAGUCACUUAAAUUUUCUCCAGAGCAAGGUAGGUUUGGUGGAUUCCUCAGUCAAAUACCAGUUAUCUAUGCUUGUCAUCUGAUACAAAGCACCUUUCGAUAUCUUUCGUGAAAAAAAACAUUCCAAGUUCGAGAAGGUUUACCAUCCUUAACUGACUAGUAUAUUACUAGCUUUAAGUUGCUACUGCUCGCGGGCAUGUAAGAUAAACAUUAAUUUAGCCCUUUUGUGAUCAUUUAUUGGAUGGUUGCAACAGUAUAAUGCCCUGAAGUGCGGACAGCUGUCUAGUACUUACACAGUGAAUGCCGGAGUAUUUUCACAGGGGCAGAUCAAAAAUCGUCUCAUCUUCUGUGUGCAGGAAAUGCUUGGGCGUCUAUUAUUACUUGACAUUCCAAAAGGAGUGAUAGUCAAACCCACCAACCAAACGAGUAUUUACUGCGAGUGCCACCUUUCAGUAAAUAUUUUUGCCUCUUACUUUUAUUGCGCUCAUCUUUUCUUAGAAUCUCCUUUGACUGCAUAAUAAUCUUCCUCAUAACUGUUUCCAUGCUCUUCUGUGCGCGCCCGGUUUCCAUGCUUUUUAACCAAAAUCUUAAACUUUCAUGAAAUUAACCUGCUAUUGCUAAAAUCGACAUACCUUUACCCCAUAAACCGCCAAUAAGCACGUCGGGCCUGAACUAUGAGAGGGAUACAUAACGUCCGUGGUUCAGUAGGUCUUUUAAGCCAUUAUUAUGGUGACUUCAAUGAAUUUACUAAUUAUGGCGGUCCUCUGAUGCUAAUACCAGAUAUCUGGUCAGUAUUUGUGAAGGCGUUUAUUUUCAGGACAAAACCAACCUAUUAUCUGGUCCAAUUCCUGCACUUCCAUAAGCCUGUAUCGCAUGUCCCUUUAGGCUCGCUCUUCCCUAUAAACUGGCUUCAUCUAACAACUCAUUAGGACGUCGUUGUCACUUAGGAGUAUGCCGUAAAUAUACUGUUUAAAUAGGCCUGAGCCACUGGAAUGCACACCGAUGAACCCAAUUUCUGACAUGGUUUGACCAAAUCAAAAGCGUGAUCUUAUUUGUGCAACCUCUCAAAAUGCAUUUGAAUGUUUCACGCCUUUGUUUCUUAAAGGAAGGGUGUCUUAUUGAGUACAAAACCGACUUACUUCCAGCGUUCGUCCUAUUUUUUGGGGUCAACUGGAAGUUCAGCUAUCAUCGACCAUUAGUUACCAUGACAGGCACAAUCAUUACAUCUUUCAACACCUAACUGACCAACACUUUAUUCAACAAAAUCCUUCACAGUGCACAGAUAGGUUACGGAGCCCUUCAGAUUAGAUUAAGUGCAUUCGAGCAAUCUUCUGAUCCCAAUCGUCAGCUUUCAACUGUCAACUGUUUAUUUAUGGGUUCAGAAAAAGUAGUAUUCUGCUUCGCGGGCUUAAACUAGAUCCUAUUUUAGUUUAGUAAACGACCUCGGAUUUUAUGCUCCCAGGCACAAUUCUAACUAAUUUUUUAUGAAAGUAGGCGCUUAUUAACGUAAGAGAAGCCAUACACUGCCCACAAAUAACCGCUAUUAGUCCGCUAGUAGUAGUAUUUCCUUAUUUCCAAACAAGUAUUCAUCUCUUUUGGUAUUGUAUAGCAAAUGUCUUGUAUAUUUAACUUUAAGGCGUUUUAUUCAACGAAUUGGGUAUUGCAUUCAUGGCUUUUGAGCGUACAACCAGUGCCAUCAAGUGCUUCGUCAAAGCGCACGCAAGACUGGAAUCUCAAGGCACACUUCUGAGGGCCUCAGUCCUUCAAAAUCUGGGGUCUGCAUAUGCAAUUGCAGAGGAUUUUUCCGAAGCUAUUUCCGCACUUGGAGCUGCGGUAGAUGCCUACGGUAACCCCUAAAACACACGUUUAGCUAAUUUCCGACAAAAGUUAUACGCUGCCCCUUCAUGCCACCUCACACAUAUUGAUGAACUAAGUCAUUUCGAAUGAACUUUGGAUAUUAUCCAUUUUAUAUCUAUUGUGUUUGCAAGCAGAUAUAAAUUCCAACCAAUGCAAUGAAUGGGGAAAGCAUGAAACGUUAAUGACCCUACGGCUCUAGGCUAAAUACUAAGCUAUUGGCAGACUCCACUGUCCUGCAGGUGUUGUUUUGGUUGUGGUAGGCGAUGCCAACUAAAACGAUCAUUUCUAUCGAAAAAAUGAAAUUCUCUCAUCGCGUAGCAGAUACCUCUUUUGUCGAGAGCAUAACCCGCUAAAGCAGCCCCGAUUGGUUUGGCUACAAAGCUUAUCCAACAGCGGACGCCUGUUUGACACCAAAUGUUUAUUUCCAAAGCGAUAGCCAACUUAAACGUUCGGCACUGAUUUGGCUGUGGUCUAACUAUAACAAGUAAAAUGACAUUUUGAUAUGUGCAGUGUUGGUUUAACUGUCGGAUAUGAAAAUGUUUUUGACUGCCCAGUCUGCCUCUGUUCGUUUAUGCAGUUAUCUUUUUUGUGUCCUAGAAGUCUCCGUGGUUUUUCAGAUGUUGGGGCUCCAGCACUAAGCGCAACAGUGGAACUCUCAAACUGACAAUUACCCAUCGCGCUGUAUUAUAGCAGUCAACCGUUGUAAUAAAUGACAACUUGUUUAGUCGCCACCUAGUCCCUACAGGUGAAAAUAGCUAUCCACGUAAACGGCCAGUAUGGACAGAGCGGAGUCCAGUAGUAUGGAACGCAAUAUCACGCAAUUCACCUUAACCUUUUUAUUUCAGCCGCAUUUUAUGGGCCUUUAAUAAGUCAGUCAACAAUUAUUUAACUGUAUAAUAUAAGACAGCAAUUUUCACUAGUAGGUGUUUACUAAAAUGACGAGAACACUUUAGUUUUGCUGUAUUUGUUUUUGGUUUCAUUUCGGCCCAUUUUUAUCCAUAUGUUACUUUAUAUGAUUUACUGGGCAGCCUUUAAAACUAGGCUAAUUAAGUCAUCUAGUUGAGUAGAAGAAAUGUGACAUUGCGUGCGGUUGUCGCUUUUUGAAUGGCUGGCAACACACGUCCUAGACCAAUCAUGAGAUUGUGGUGUAAAAGCUACAGUUUUCUGUCUCUCACUUUAAAAGCUUUGAAAUAUUCACAUAAUUCUCCUUACAAUUUUAGAAAUUUACUUUUUGCCGUCCAGGCCCUUCUUAAUAACCAGCUAAUUUUUGCAGCUUCUGCCCUUGUCAGCUGUUUCCAAUAUUGUUUUUGAAAUUGGUUGGGUCCCUCACCGGUGUCCUGCAUUAGUGUUCCGACGAGCAUCUCCAACACAUCGUGCCCAGGGUCCCUUGACCAGUCAGGACACAGAAACCAGAUAGCCGACUGAUACCGCACGGCUUAUUUACCUGCCAGUCAAAAAUACCAUAAAGCAAAAUUUGAUUUCAUGUCAGACAACUGUAUAAAGUGCCCAUUGCACAACAUAAAUAAACGUAUUAGACAGCGAAAGGAUAAUUAAGCGUCCGCCAAACUGUGUUUUGCCUAAAAGGCCGCGUUGGAAACCGUGCAGGGCAAGCGCAGGCAGGCUGCAACAUGGCGUACGCGCUGGCCCGUUCCGGUGCCCUUCGAAAGGCGCGUUGGCAAUAUGCUCUGGCACGAGAAGCUGCUCGGGAUGCCCAGUGGCCAGCAGUUCAACUUCAGGCUGAAGAAGCUCUUGCUGCAAUGGAUUUCCAGGAUGACCGGCCUCUUAACGGAAUAAAACACUUAAAGGCUGCACUCGCACUCUGCCCCUCAGUGGCCGCCAGUCAGGCCUUGGAACAAGCUGGCUUAGAUCUCCUACAGUCUCAAUUCUCCUCCGUAUCUCGCACCAGACGGGGGAAGACGAGUGCUGUGCGUUCUCAAACACGCGUUCCUGCCAGCGCUACAAAAAAGGCAACAAACAAACCAUCGAUGACCAUCGCAGAGCGUCCAGUACCUCGCUUCCCCAGCAGAAAGCCUGCGGAAAAUGAGCGUUCCACUCAGGCACCAGAAUAUGAGGAGAAAGACAUACUUAUUCGGAGGGACAAGUUGCCACUGGUCUCACAUAUUCGAAAUCAGGCGUUUCGCCGGAUCAGUUUAAGGAAACUUAACAAAGACCAUCGUCGCCUCAUGACCAAGUUAUCGGAGGCUUACAGGGUUUGGCCAGCACUUUCGCAACACCCUUCGGAAAAGUCCAGGUACCUAAAUAUCUCUUGACUUCUUGAGCACCUGUGUAUUUUCUAGCUGCUAGAUACAGUCAAAACGAGUACGCCUCUAAGCCCGAAGAGUUUAUUCGUACUUUUUCAUCACCAAAAAUGUAAUACUAUGAAUUUUCAUCCUGUUCUGGUCUCGAUGUACGUUUUUCUUCUCCUUUUUCGAAGUCUUCAGACAGAAUUUCUAAAUUUUAGGUUCGAUUAUAAUAGUGAAUGCACCGGCAGGUAAGUUGAGCUACCAUUUGUUAUUCGACUUGUGAUGAUUACAGUGCGUGACCUAUCUCAUGAAAUGUUGGCUGAAAUUCUGAAAUGAGUUUUCGAUUAGGAAGGAUUACUUGGUCGCGGUUGUAAUACUGAUUAUCUUGUGGCAUACUCUUAUAACAUUUCGGACUCGGCAGGAUGUCGGCUUUUAAAUGCAUGUCUUUUCAAUCUCCUGUAGAAAGCGUGCUUGGGAAAAAAUGACUACUUAAUUAGCAUGCAUUUUUCCCAUUGAUUUUCGAUGGUCUUUGAAAUUCAAAUAUAUUUUAUAGAAACCACAAACAAAAAUGUGCUUUCUUUUAGUCAAUCAAUAGAGAAUCACGUCUUCUUUAUAUUUUAUACUUAAGGAAGGAGGAUAAUUAGGUUUUAAAAAAGUUUUCUAAUUGUCGAAAAAUUUAGAGCCUGAUCAUUCGUUACAUUAGCGCUUAGUGAUUACACUCUACAAGGUGCAUGCGUUCCGCGUAAAGAGAAUCCCAUAUUUUUCUAUGUCAUUAAAUAGAUAUCAUACAGGGUCCAUAAAAUUUUGCAAUGAAUGUGGUCCAUGUUGUGCAUUUCAUGAAGAGCAGUGGUAAACGGCCAGGUACGAUGCUAUGUGAAUGGACAUAUCGCGGUCUUAAAAAGUUUCAUAAUUAGAAACUUUUUAAAAACCUAAUUAUACCCCUUCUUUAAGUAUAAAUUAUAAAGAAGACGUGAUUUUCUAUUGAGUGACUAAAAGAAAGCAUAUUUUUGUUUAUGGUUUCUAUAAAAUAUAUUUGAAUUUCCAAGACCAUCGAAAAUCAAUGGGAAAAAUGCAUGCUACAUACGUAGUCAUGUUUUACCGAGCACGCUUUCUACAGGAGAUUGAAAAGACAUGCAUUUAAAAGCCGACAUCCUGCCAAGUCCGAAAUGUUAUAAGAGUAUGCCACAAGAUAAUCAGUAUUACAACCGCGACCAAGUAAUCCUUCCUAAUCGAAAACGCAUUUCAGAAUUUCAGCCAACAUUUCAUGAGAUAGGUCACGCACUGUACAUUUGUGAAUUGAAAAAGGGGUAUUCCAAGAAAUUUAAUUGGAAAGAUGAAAUUCAUUAGGGGAUUGCAACUUUUAUUGUGCAAAUUUUCGAGGCUGGUUCCUAAUGAUUUUGUCUGUGGAAUUUGGACCGAUAUGCCGAUUGGUGCAUGCCUCGUCUGAGUGCACUGAUUUCAGGAAUUCGCGGCCUUUCCUUAUCGGGCAGAAGCCAAAACUCACUGCUAUGAUGAAGCAGGUUUUUGGGCAGACGCGAAAUACUUCUACAAGCUAUUUUUCCAAAAUGGGUACCCGCAUGACUUUGUACGUCAAUGCAUGAGGCACCGGUAAUUCAAGGAGAAAGGUAUUUUCAAUGCUACGGCUGCCCGGGCACGAAAACCUGGUGAACUCUCCCAUACGUGAGAAAUGUAUCUGAACUAGUCGAAAGGCAACUACAAACACCAGAUGCACCGAUCCAUUAGCUUCCCGAAGCAAACAGGCUUCGUAUGGCUGACAAGGGUCAGAAACGCACAGCCACCUACCAGGCCGAAGUCGGCCGAGCUAUGAUAGCAGGGGGGAGACGACAGAGUCUGAGGGGUAGAUUGAUGCAGAACUGUUUUGGGCCUGUUUGUCCCCACUCAACCAAGCAUAAAUCUGACCGCCAACUGGGACCGGAAACACAAACGUACGCUCACACACCUAGCGCAGUUGGUGCACCAUUGGAGUCUAUCAGAUGGGUCAUAAGCGCUUCAUCGAACCGAAGUUCAUCAAUUCUAGAGGCAAAAAAGCCCGAAGCAGUUCUGUAUCAACCUACCCCGAGACUCUGUCUGGAAACGCUCCACAGCACCAUCAACUCAACCAUUCCGGGGGUUAGACACACUCUCAAAGGGAGCUUAUCAAAAAACACCCACUUCUGGAUGUUCUCAUACGGAGAAAGACUGACGGAGCAUUACACACUACAGUUUGCUGCAAAGAAACGUAUGCGGAAUUAAUUCUACACUAUAAAAUCAACAGCGCAAUCUCUCACAAGCCGAACACUGUCAAAAGUCUACGACAUUGAGCAAAAACACACUGUUCUGAUGAAAAAAGGUACCAAGUCGAGCCAAACUACCUGUUCAAAUUAUUUUUUUCCAGACGCUUACCCUAGAGAUUUCGUACGUCGAUGCAUAGGACAGUAAGAGCUCCCUAAGUAAAUACUUGGCGAAUCCUUCUUACAUCAGGAAUGUGUCUGAACUCGUUUGAAAACACUUGGGAAAUUCCAAGUAAAAGUGAUGCACAGGCCGACGACUACUUUACGCACUCAAAUGGCCAUGCACACCCUUGAUACUGGGCACACCUUCGCAUGAGACGAAUCUCACAUUGUCGGAGUUUGCCCCUCGAAAAAAUGCCGAAAGAUUUUUGAAGCUAUGCACUCCGACGAGUCAUGCAUCAAUUAGCACAUUGAGUUAGAUGCCAUGUACAAAAAUCUCAGGGAAGAAGGCAGAGACGAAAGCAAAUCACUACAGAGUGACACACGCGGCGGCCGCCCACUGGCACAAACGCUAAAUGAAUAUCGAUUUAUCGGCACGUUUGAAAUGUUAGUUGUUUUUUGCACAUGCACUCAAGUCUGACGGCGACCAGGAGAACCAGCGUCGAAAAUUUACCCAGUGAAAUUACUGGUUUUCCCAAAGGACGUAUUUGCCUUAAAAUAUGCAUAAUACAUAUGCGGCUCACUAAGAGUGCAAUGGGUCAGACGCAGGAAGUUGUUUCGCGGUCGUUACCGGUCAUCAGUGUGUCAUCGGCCUUAUGACGUGAGGUACAUAAAUAUGUCGAAUGUACAUGCAGCACUCGCUGUUGUGGUUAGGACGUCACCAGCUCAACAAUUCACGAGUACAACCCGACUUUUCCGAAAAACCUCUUCCGUUUUUCAUUAUAUCAACUCGCAAUGCAUACCACCUCUGAUCAACAUACAUAUAUAUGAUGAUGAUGAAGAUAUAAGGCUUGUCCGAAAAACUCGAGUUAUACUCGUGAAUUUUCGAGCUGGUGGCACCAACCCGUCGUCAGACGAACUAAACAGAGCAAAAAGUGAAAUGGUCGGACAAAAUUGGUUGGCGUGACAGGGCAGCCACUAACAGGCAAGCAACUAAUGUAUGAAAGGAGGUGGAGACAUAAUUAGGCUAGGGUCUGUGGCGGCGGGGGAUGGGGAACUGUUGCGGCUCCCUGUGUUGGAGGGUAGGGGGAAAUGACGAUUCAAUGUGACUGCGGACAAUGGACUUAAUGGUCGUCGAUCCGGCAUGCGGGCAGAGGUCAUUGAGCCAACGUAGAGGUGUUAGGGAUUGCAGUUGCGAUUCCCUGUGUCUGGGGUAGGGGGUGGCGAAAUAGUGCGAUCCCUGCGAUACUGCAAUCCCUGUACCAGAACGUCAAGGAAAGAGGGUUUGCUGUCAACCUCUUUUUCGAGCGUAAACGAGAUUCCUGGUAGCUUUGGGUUAAUAACAUUGCAGAGAAUUUCCAGGUGAUUUCUUUUGACGGCAAGAAAGGGUCAUUUACAUAACUAACCCAUAAUUUGAGAUUAACUAACCAUAGGGCCAUGGUUUCUAGUUUUUGCAGCGUGAUUUCAGCAAGAAAACCGGGGAUAGGUGUUCCCAUGGGCGUCCCCUUAUCAGUUGGUAGUAUUCGUGUGCAAAUGAGAAGUUCGUUUCCGGACAAGGUUCCAAGAAUUGAAGCAAAGCAGGCACAGGGACGUCUGUGUCGCUGGACUGGAGACGUUCGUCUGUGCAUUGCCUUGCUAAAUCCAGCGGUAUGGGCGGGAAGAGAGGAACGACAUCGAAGGAUGCCAUUAUCCCAUCAGCUGCAGUUGUGAGUCCUCGUAGUGUGUGUUGAAUGGUAUAACGAACGAAGACAUGGGAUACGUGAAUGGCCAAUUUUGGCUUAUUAGCCAUCGUCAGCCAAACAUGCCCCCACCCCGAGGCUUACAACAACUGGGGCUUGAUCCCACGACCUGUUUGUUAUAAGUCCAACGCCUCGAACUACUGAGCCACGGGACCGUUGUGCAGUCGGUUGCGAUCGGGUAUAUACAAUAAUUGGGGGGCGCUCACUGAUCGCGUUACGAAACUCGCUCGUGCCCUUGUGUCAUGGGUCUAUCUCUCUCAAGCCCCGCCAGCAGCCACACAGUGGCGAGUAAUAUAGGCAUGAUAACAUUACCGACAAAGACCAGGGAGACUGGAGUCGCCAUUUUUGACUUAUUAGCCGUCCUCAGCCAGCCAUACCCAACCCCUAGGUGGGGAACAACUGGCCUCGAUCUCGCGACCUAUUGGCUAGCAAGUCUAUCUGUCCCAGUUAGCUAUGGGUACUCUGGACACGGAGCACACACUUGCCUGGGUCAAAACGUGCACUGCCAAUGUCUGCCGUUUCAAGAAAAACCGGGAGUUCCUCGAGGCCGUGUAUUAAAAGGAAUAAUGCAUCAACCGGCGUAUCUAGUUAGAUGCCGCGUACUGAAAUCAUAGGAAGAAAGAGAAGAGACGAGAGGCAAUUAGAACAGAGCGACACCUAGCGGCCGCUUAUUAGCGCAAACACCAAGCAAAUAGCGAGUUUUGUGUGAAUUUAGAACAAUAACUGUUUUUGGCUCAUUUGAUCUGGGUUUGUCGACCCGGGGAACCGGCGUCGAAGAUUUACACAACAACCUUCCUUUCCCAAAGAACUUAUUUAACUUAUAUUUUUUGGGGUUGCCUACCAUCCAAUACAUAUAGAUUUCUGUUAGUAGACGUUUUCUGCGUAUACAGGGUGGCUCCAGAGAAAGAAGUCUGAGGGACUGAGGUUUGUGGAUUUUGCAGGCCAUUCCACGGCACCGCGACGACCUAUCCAUCUACCCGGAAAAUGUUCGUCAAACCACAUUCGAGAUGGAGAGCAUAGUGGGCUGGGGCGCCAUCCUGCUGAAAGUACAAGUCAACGUAAUCUGCGCGUUGAAACGUUAUAGGCCACAACCUUUCAUUCAGUAUGUUUAGAUGUGAUUCGGCCGUCACUGUAUUAUCAAAGAUAAACGGACCAAUUCGUCCUGUACUGAAAAUGCCACGCCAAGCAGUGACACCAGGCAAAUCAAACCUCUGUUGUAAUAUCUCAUGUGGAUUUGAAUCUGACCAGUAGAUGCAGUUAUUUCGAUUUAUCCGUCCAUUUAGUUUGAAACUGACUUGGUCCGACCAAAUAUUGUGGCCCAAAAAUUCAGGAAAAUCUUCUUAUGCAGCCGCACAAGUUUUACAAAAUCAAAGGUGCCUGUCUCCGUCAUCCUCGUUAAGAGCGCGGAGUGCACGUGGACAAUAUGGGUGCAAAUCAUUAUCUGGCGUGAUGCGUUGCAAAGGCGAUCGCGAUAUGCCCAACUCUGCAUAAGCGCGUCUCUGGGAUUUUCGAAGGCUGUUGAAGUAUGUUACUGCUAGUAAAUCUUGACUAGCAAUAGACUGUACUGUUCUUAGCACGCCGGGUUUAUCCGCCUUGACCAGGAUUUUAUGCACCGUAAAAAAGGGAGGACGGCUCUGAUUCCAAUUGCCGCAUCAUGAGCCUUCACCUGGUCGCCACCACGCUUGAAUGUUGGCAUUUGUCAUGGGUGGACAUUCCGAAGAAACGCCUGCCGGACUCCGAUCUAACCGCGUUUUUGUCCAGUGCAUCUACCGUGCGCCCCCUUUUUAAGUACACACAUGCAUGCAUACUAAAUUCCCGACGUCCAGAUUAAACAUCACCCAGUUAUCAUUCUCCCCAGUAAGUCAAAUGUGUUUCGUUUAAAAAGCGAACAGUCCCCUGAUGACAGCCGUCUCGCUGUCACUACUGGCGAGGAUGACGUCUACUUAUCCCCAUCCUCUGAGAGCCAAAUGUCUCACGCGGGCGACCACAACGACAACGCAUCUAACUUGAGGCCAGUCGCUCUUGAACGACCAAGGACAGGUGAAAAUGACGCUAACAAAAAGCGAAGCCUCUGUACCACAGUUGCUCUCUUAGAUCCCCUAAAACCGCCUACACCUCCAUAUUCGCGGCCCGCCAGCGUUUCUCUUUGCGACGAAGAUAAUUUCGGGGCAAUUGAAGAGGUGGACGAGGAAGCUGGCAGGAUAGCGUUCAUAACAAAGCCGCCGUCAUCCGUCAUGUCGCUCAAAAGGCUGGAGGAAAUGCCGAAAUCAACUCAGGAGCUCAUUCAGUUGGACAAUAUGUUGGAGAAGCUCACUACCAAGUUCGUUGAAGUUAGUCUUUCCACGCUAUCUCUUGCUUUCCCGUUUUAUUGUUGCAACUUUCUUUUUCAUUGCCGCCUUUCCUCAUUACUUCGAUUAGUGGCAGUUUUGCGGCCUUCACGCCUCCUUACAGAUUCAUUUUACGUUUUUUAUCUCUUGCGAUCCCAACUUCGAAUACUUGCCUUUCGCUGAAGUUCCGAAGAAAACGAAUUCCUGCGAAGGCAUUCGGUUUUUUGAAAAUUAGAUGUCAAAUAAUCCAACAGUUAAAUCAGAGAACUCUAGGUGUUUCCGAUUUCAGAGCAGCAAUCAAAAAUAACUGUGGAUCCUACUCCAACUUUAAAGCGGAAAAGAUGUCGAUCGUUAAAUAUCAGCAUUUCAAAACCGGAAGUUAUGAGCCUCCGAAAAAGUGCACCGGCAUGUUUUGGGAAUCAGAGGCGCAGGUAUUAGAUAAACAAUACACGUAUCACUUCGUAUGGGAGCAAAACUGCUUAAGUGGCUAAGCAGAUGAUGUUUACAAAAACCAACAAUUCGCAUGAGACACUCCACAUGAUGGGUCGGUUUAUUAGCAAGUAUUUUGAUUACCAGAUUAUAGGAACUUGAAAAAACUUAUCGUAAGACAACCCUGAAUUUUCAACUUCUCGAUGACGCCUGUGUGUUCUGCUCUCUGUACCAGUUAGUCGGUAUUUCAAGCAUCUUUUUAUUUUAAGUGCGGUGACUUGAGUUACGGACUAAGCCGAAAGACAUGGCUGAGAAUGGGCAACUAUUUUUAUCCCGAAAUAUCGUAGCGCAAGAUUGGUGGGGACAGAAAGAGUCAUCAGGAUUAUGUGGUGAGCGGCAUCGUUGCAUAAUUUUCUUUUCGAUGAACAACUUUCGACCUGAUUCUCAAUAUCUCAGAUGCCAUCUACAGAAAAAAUCGAAAAUGUUUCCAACUGGAGCCAUUUGUACUAUGAAAUCUUCCUCAGCGUCAUGCAAAACCUGAAUCCUUAGACCCGACUUCAGGUCACUAAGAUAAGUCGCUUGGUUUUGCUGUUACCUGUUACUGAAGCCCUCUUCACUGGCUAUGGAAUGGACGUCUGUUAAAAGUGGAGUCCCACAAGGAUCAGCUCCUGGGCCGCCCCUGUUGUCUAUGUAAAUGACCUAUUACAGAUGGCUAAGUCCGAUACAGCAUUGAUUGCAGAUGAUCUUAAGCUGUGGAGGAUGAUAAAAGAUGAAAGACUCCCAGAUAUUGCAGCAGGAUAUAGAAAGGUUGCCGACAUGAAGCGAGCUCAGGUCCAUGAAAUUCAAUGUCGACAAGCCUGCGGUAAUACACGUGAUAUCAACGAAGCAGGUAGGAAACGUACUUUCACUACACUAUCUCUUGAAAAGUCAACCCCUACGAACAACGUCUGGCCGCCUUAAGUCUCUCCCCUUCCUCACUAUAGAAAAGACAGAGAUAACUUUUUACUGACGUCUCAGUUGGUACUUGGACUUGAUAUUGGUGUGAACUGGGAAAACCUUUUCGAAAUGGCGCUGAAGACGCAUUUUCGACGUCAUGAUUGCCAAAUUAAAAAGGAACUGCGCCGCACCAAUCAACGUUCCUUAUUUUUCUUGCGAAAAGUCAUUCGACAGCGACAUUUCUUAUCGACGUAUAUCGUGCAUUCCACCAACGUUUGUGCUUAAGAGGCGCCCGGAAAUACGCCCGUUAGAGGUUAGUGGGAGCUUCCCAAACCCCAUCAAAUAAACAGUCAUGACUCUCAACAUGCUACUGUCUUGAUUUAAAUAACGCAUUUUGUUUAUACUAACUUUAACACUACUGAGCAUACUGCGUGCAAAUGCAGUCAAUGUUAUUUAACAAAUUCACCAACUUUGAACACUCCUGUUUUACUGUCAGUCUUAUGCAUUUCUCAUGCUGAAAUUGUCUGUAAGUUUUUGCAACGUAAGUGCUUCUCAUGCCGAUUUGGAUUUCUUAAUGGAGUUUUCAAAGUCUCAUAUCAUUUACUCCAAAUACACUGAUUUGAUUUGCAUUGAUAUAUCUAACUACCAUAUUCGUCUAAGAUAGUCAUUUGUGUGGCCAUCCCAGUCGCCCUUGUUUUUGUCAGUACUCCCACUUCUUUAUCUAUUACUGGUUAAUUGUCGGGCUGUAUUGUUUUCUUGUCAGCAUCACCACACUACACGAAAGUCAAUGAAGGUAGGAUCUGCAGCUGCCGACAUAUUAAGGCGUGACUAUACUAGGCUACAAGUAGUGUAGUCUAGUUGUACUGAGACUGUAUGUGGUAAAACCUGUAAUUUUCCGCCGCCAGAAAUGAGUAAGAAGGUGGGGAGCGACGAAUACAUUAUGAAGAAUAUGAACUAAAAUCUCCAACAAGAAGUGCAUUUGAUUGAAUGUGAGGCCGCUCUCUGCCACUUUACCUUUAUCCUGUCGAGUUAUGACCAUUGAAAUAGCCACGCUGCUCGUGAACUUAAACCGCCCCUUUAAUUCUUGAUCAGGACUUGGAGGCCUCUGUCCGACAUCUGACCUUUGUUAUAAUUGCUCAACGUCGGGCUCUGUAAAUCCUCUUUAGUAGGUACUCCAGAUGUGCUGCGCGUAGACACCAAGUUUAAGGAUAACUUCCAGCUCGACAUGGCUGUACGUGAAUCUGGAAAUGUGAAAGUUUUGUGUGCGAUCCACGACAAUUUCGCGUUUUACUUCCCAGAUUCAGAACGACUGAGUUUAACAGACAGCAAUCGCUGGUUGAGGUUACACAAACGGUUGACUACGAGCGCAGGCAGAUGUGUCAGAGCGAGUGGCGUAAGCCCACAGACGCCUGAAGAUCGUUCAACGAGUGAGCAAGUGAGAACCAAUCAGUGAGCCAUCAUUGAGGUCGGCAUGAGGCGGAUAACCGCUGGCGGCGAAAGAACAAGUAGUGUGCAUGGGCAAAGGCCAAGUCGUUGAGCAAGGCAGAGGCUGCGCCUGUGAGGAAGGGCGCCCGUCGCCUCAUGGGUGUGCUGCCGCAAUAAUUCGACCAGACAGGAUAAAACUAACACCCAUGCUCCAGCAUUGCAUCCUGGCUGGUCUUUUGGAUGGAGCUAUCUACCUCUCACUGUACUCUGUUGUUGGAAUUUAGUGCUGGCGACAUCUCGAAAAUAGCAAAAGCCCGACACAGAUGCUUGAAAGGGUGGGAGUGUUCUGGCAGCUUGACGUUUGUAUUGCAAUUCAUGCCAAAUGUAGCCGCAGAACUGUUUUUAACAUCAUCGUCAUCAUCAGCAGCAGCCUUAUCUAACAUUUGCCUCAACGGUUCUUAUGCACCGGUCCCCAGUCUGGAGUUCGCGCCAUCAUUUUUUUCAAAAUAUGCGUACGCUCAGGUACUCCUCUCUUCAUUAAAUGGAGCCCUCGGUAAGGGGGGCGAGAAAGUGUUUAUGACUGCUAAUUUUUGAUUUAUUGUUUUGUUUCAGGAAGGUGCUUCAGAAACAGAUGAUGAGGCUCAGGCAGGCGUUCUUACAUCUACAAUUUCGCAGAAAUCCACUCUCACUGCUAAAGAAGUGUGGGUUUUAUUUUAUGGGCAAAAUCUUAUCGGUUAAACAAUCACUGGGGCCAAGGCCACGCCCCAAAAAUAUCUGACAAUUAUUAUGGCUGUUUUAUAAUAAGCACUCGUAAGGCAUCUUGUCGAACAGAUCGCCUUACUACCCGAGAAAGUGCAUCCAUGUUUCUGCUCCAUAUUGUAAAACAGGCUGAUGGACCCAGUCGCAAGUAUUAACUUUAGGGCACUCGAUUUACCGACCGUUUUAUGCCUUAGCAUAAUUUCGACUGAAAAGUAGUGGACUGUUCACCUGGAAAUUGAUAACGGCAGAAAAGAAUAAGACUUAUUUAGCAUAAUCAGCCGACUAUAUCUCAGUCAAGCAUAAAAGAGCAGGUAACUUAGGUUACAGAUUGCCGAAUAUUACGGAAAAGUGAAUAUACAUUUUCUCGUACUUCCAGAUUCGUCCUCACACAUCCUUGCCAUCUUUACUCAUCUGAUGUUUUAGUUCACAAAUGGCUAACAAUGAGGAGCUUGACGGAGAGGAAGCCAAGGAAGGGGACUCAACAAAUCCAUCCUCGGUGAGCAUAAUUAGUCUAUUUCUAGUUGCAUAUCUUCCCAACUAGGUGCAAUAAUGCCAGUUUUUCCAGUUAGUGCGCAGUUAAGUGCUCAGGCCCGUUGGGAAUGUGUGCGUUCAUUAGUUCUGUUGUAUACCAGUUCCAAAACAACUAGAUCGCGCCAUUUGAAAAAAAAUAAGAAAUCCGUCUGCCCUCACAGAUAGCCUGUUACCGUCCACCUUCAGACAGGCCAGGAAGAUUCUUACAACCACAUUAGAGGAUCGGAUUAUUAGGCCAUCUACAUUCGAAAUUAACUAAAUUAACACCACCCUAUUUAUCUUUAUCCUUCUGUUAAAAGUCUAGGAAACUCUGAAAAACUGAAGUGAAGUAGAACUUUCAGCAAACGCAUGCUUUCCCUAAAUUAUACUCAGACUUUUAUAUCUGUGUAACGACGCAAGAUUUAAGUGAACAUUCUGAAGGUGGGGUAGUUGGGGUUUUUACUUGGGAAAUCUGUGUUAGCCUUUCACAGUGCCAAAUUACUGUGCCCUCCGACUACUGGAACGUCACAACAGGAUUACUUUGCGUGAACAGGGUCGCGCUGCGUAAGCCGUUUGCCGUCGCCUCAUAAGAACUCCCAACUGCCCAUACCUGUAGAGCUACUAACCUCAAAUAAUAAGUUACUACGUAAGUAUACAAGCUAAAGAAGAUUUCUCCAAAAUAUGUGCCUCCCGCGCGACCUUCUGAUCCAGUUUGUUAUGUCUUUUGCCGAACUAAACUACAAGUGCUGGUGCCUUGGUACCGUGACUGGCAAACUCACCCGAGUUACGAAUUCCUAGAAUAUUUCUGGGCCGCGAUUUCACUUCAACACUCAGGCUAAGAAAAACAAGGGGCUUUGGAUUGCCCGGAUGGAGAAUAUUUUAUCAUAACUCAAUUAUCCGAACAAUCGUAGAGCGCGUUACUCACGCGCGUUCCUCCGGACAGCAGGGAAAUGGUAGGAGAAGCUCACGAUCGCGCUACGGAGCCCAUUCGCCCCGUUGAACCUUGGGGCUCUCUCUCGAGCCCCGUCAGCGGCCACACACUUCGGGGUUGGGUGUGACUGGCUGAUGACGGCUAAUAAGCCGGAAAUGGCCAUUCCAGUCUCCCUCGUCUUUGUCGGUAAUGCUCUUCAGCAGUAAAGUGCUUAAUCCAACUUCGUACUCAUUAUUUUUAUCCAAACAUCUGACGCAUCUUUGUGAUCAUUCAGACUGUCUCCUCCCCUCAUAACUAUGCACAUUAGAAUAGACUAUAGUGAGUGCGAUGAUCGUGACUGCAACCAUAUUCUUCCACGCGAGCAGUCUGUUAGACGAUGAAUUGAACGCCGGUCAAUAACAGCUCUGUCCAGUAUCCCUUUGCUUUUAGAGCUGUCAUCAUGAGUGGCGGCUUAAACGUCGGUUCUUUGAUCUGCGGCCUCCUGUCGUUGGUGCCGGUGCUGGCCGGUUAGCUUCUUAAUUGCUGUGUUGCGUCUGUACCUGGCUUGAAUCUAUCAGGACGCGAUAGGAGCCGUGACUUGAACUCUGUGACACUUUCGCACAUGUGAUGUCCAAGUCUCCCAUCCCUUCUCGUGAAAACCUGGUCUACCGUAUAAAGAUCAGGUCGUGUGCGGCACGCGUAGACUGGCUGCUCGGCUUUGUCAGUCACCGCGCCUGCGGUGGUCUUGACUCUGUCUUGCCACCGGGCCCAAAGGGGUGAGGGGGGAGAGAGUGUGGUAGGUACUGCGCAGACCUGCUCUCACUAUGAAGUGAUUCAUGUGCAAGCUACCGUGCUGCGCCCAUCAUGGUGUUAGGCAUCCGAUAGACAUCGUAGUUUACGGCAGUCGAACUGACAUGCUUACUGUAAACUUCUAAUGUCCCCUAAAACGUCCUGAAUUCAGUAUUUUUAUCCUGGACCAGCUUUUAUUUGAACCAGUAGUUGAUAUUCAACGCAAUCCUCUAUAGUCGGAAUACUAACACUGGACGGUUCGGUGCGACGGCAACUUAACAGCCAUACACAGUAGCGAGUAAAUUUUGUGGAAAUACGCCGAUCGAUCAAAGUCUCUCUGCUAAGCUAGUAUACUGCUCGGUCUAAAAGCUUGCCGUUCUCGUAGGCGGCCUUAAAGCCUGAUGUCGUACCGUCCAUGGUUCAGUAGAAGAGGCUCUGCAAGCUGACAAAAAGGCUUUCUUGGAGUCUUCCAAGCGCAUCUGAAGGGUCUAGCAGCGUUCAAUGUUCACCUGGUAACUAGAGUUCGUUUGCCUUAAUUGCGCGCGUUUUUCUUCAGACGGCAGCCAUCAGAAGGACCUCCUCCGGCCUUUCCAGUUCGUCGCGCCUAAAAUCCAAUCGCCUGCGCAGGACAAAGGGUAAUCUACCGGCAUUUUUACAAUGCAUCCUUAAAGGGAUGUAUAACAUGAAACGAACUUGAAUCUCUUGCUUUUGCGCAUUGUUUGGUAAUUUAACAACGACUUCCUUCAUUCCUCCUCCGGCUCCGGUGCUUUAUUUGGCGAUUUUAUAGUUGGAAAGAUCCACGCUCUAUUUAGAAACUAUAUACGUGCUCAUCUGUGAACUUGAAAUUAAAAAUCAGAGCUUGUGCUCAGAGAUUCCGCCGAGCUUUCACCAAUUUGUCUUCUCCAUGGACUUUACAUGUCUCUCUGAUCGCUUCUCCCAUAACUCCAUUCAACUGAGCGUUUGUCUUUCUUGAUAUCCACGUAGCUUGAAAAAGAACAAUUUCUAUACAACUUGAUUAAAUCCCAUCGACUGAGCUGAUUUAAUUUAGGAGAAUAUCUAUGCUGCUGGUUCAGAUCCUUUUUGCUUACUUGCAGUUCCUUUCGGUAUAAAGUAUCCGGUCAAAAAUGUAUAUUAUUAUGUACCAUGGCAAAGGAACUGCACUGCAAUCUUAACAGCAACGAUUUCAACCAGUACGGUGAGGCUGUCGAGGUUUGACUUAUAGUUCCAGGGGACAACUUUCCUAUCCCUGAACUAUCGUGCGUCGUAGUGACAUCACAAAAAAACACGAGUUGCAGAGGAGAUAGGCGAGCAGUUAUAAAUUACCAUACAUUCUAUCAUUGAAAGUUUCUUGAAUCGUAUCCCAUGAACGUAGCGAAUUCGCCCGAAGUAAUCAAUGCCUAGACAUCUAUUUUUUGAUCAUCUGGGUAGAAUUAGCUAACCAUUCCGCCUUUCUAACCUCUUAUUUUUCAGAAUAG